CCGAUCCAUCCGCUCCUUUCCGAUCCCUUUCUCACGUUCAUAACAAUCAUGAACAAACUAGUCUUUCUUCUCUUCCUUUCCUUAGCCGCAACCGCAACCGCAACCGCAACGGCUGCAUCCGUCAAACCCACUAACAACUACCUUUUCACACCUCACGCCAAAGCAGUCGCGGGAAUAUGCACCGUCAUCCAAACAGACACAAGCCUUUGCUGCAAAACCCUCAAACACGUUCCUACCGAUGACCCCAUCGAACUGGUCCGAGCAUUAGCUGUUGCGGCUGAAAACGCCGUGAAGCAAAGCGUUACUUUCCUCGCCGGAAGCAAACCAAAACACCAAUCAAGCGCCAUCGCAACCGCUGUGUUCAACAGCUGCGAGAAAAACUUGAAUUACGCCUUGGAAGAUUUCGCUGAUCUUUGGAAAGCUAUGGGGAAAAAUGUAACGACGUUGGCUUACAACUACUUUACAUGCAAGAAAGAGUUGAUGUCGAUCAUGGGGUAUCACUCGACUUGUUUGGAUGAUAUCGUAGACAAGAAUCUGUUGAAGGAAGUGGAGAUUGGGAUUGGAGUUGGGAAGAAGCUAACAAGUGAUUCCUUCGAUGUCUUUAAUAAUUUGAAUACUAUUUUCAAGACUUUUGGUAUUAAGGAGAAGCUUAACGAGAAGGACACUUCCCCCCGACCACCACCGUUGUCUGAUUAUUAUUACUGAUUAAGGGAUUGGACAUUAAUUUAUUUUGGUAUCGUAUAAAAUGCCUAGAGCGAGCGAUCGCGAAUGGAAUCGUAGAUGGUUGGUUCUGUCAUGUAUGAUUAUGCGCCGUUUGUGAUGUAUGUUGUUAGGUUUUAUACAUGUCCGGAUGGGAUUUCGUGAUGAUUGGAAAGGAUAAUAUUAUAUUAAUGAAAAAAUUGAUUCUUUUUUCUUUUC